AUGGCGCUAUUUUCAGCGGCAGCAAAAGGAGACUUCCUGAAGAUACAAUCAUUAAUCGACUCGGAGGACAAGUCAGAGGAUUCGGGAGGAGUUGAUGUAAACUGCUCGGAUGCGUCAGGCAAGACGGCCCUUCACAUUGCUUCGGAAAAUGGACAUUUGCAAACGGUUAAAUGCUUUACCAAUCUUGGAGCAAAAGUGAAUGUGGUCGAUGCUAACCUACAUACAUCGCUUCACUUAUGUUCAAAGAUAGGCCAUCUUCAUGUGGUAGAGCUGUUAGUGAACGAAGGAGCAGAUAUUGAAAUUAGUGAUAAAGAUGGGUUUACAUCUCUUCACAUAGCAUCACGCAAGGAUCAUCUUGAUAUUGUCAAAUACCUUGUUAGUAAAGGGGGAGACCUGGGGAAACUUGCCAAUGGUUACUGGACACCUCUACUCCUUGCCUUCGACGGUGGCCAUCUAUGCAUUGCAGAGUACCUUUUGACAGAAGGAGCCAACAUUAACACGUGUGGUGAAGGUGGAUAUACAGCUCUACAUACUGCAUCACAAACUGGUAAUAUCGAUGGGGUAAAAUUUCUAACCAGUCAAGGAGCAGAGCUGGAUAGGAGCACUGGCGAUGGUUGGACCGCACUUAGUCUGGCCUCGUUUGGAGGACGCCUUGACAUUGUCAAAGUUCUCGUUAACGAAGGGGCUCAGCUUGACAAAUUUGACGAAGCCGAUAGGACACCCUUACAUUGUGCUUCUCAAAAAGGCCAUCUUGAAGUUGUCGAGUACAUUCUGAACAAAGGAGCAGGCAUUGAAAUUGGUGAUAAGAUGCUUGACAAAUGUGUCAAAAACGGCAGGACUCCCUUGUCUUGUGCUUCUCAAGAAGGCCAUCUUGAAGUCGUCGAGUAUCUUGACAAAUGUGACCAAAACGGCAAGUCACCCUCGUCUUGUGCUUCUAAAGAAGGCCAACUUCAUGUGGUAGAGCUGUUAGUGAACGAAGGAGCAGAUAUUGAAAUUAGUGAUAAAGAUGGGUUUACAACUCUUCACAUAGCAUCACGCAAGGGUCAUCUUGAUAUUGUCAAAUACCUUGUUAGUAAAGGGGGAGACCUGGGGAAACUUGCCAAUGAUUACUGGACACCUCUACUCCUUGCCUUUGACGGUGGCCAUCUAAGCAUUGCAGAGUACCUUUUGACAGAAGGAGCCAACAUUAACACGUGUGGUGAAGGUGGAUAUACAGCUCUACAUACUGCAUCACAAACUGGUAAUAUCGAUGGGGUAAAUUUUCUAACCAGUCAAGGAGCAGAGCUGGAUAGGAGCACUGGCGAUGGUUGGACCGCACUUAGUCUGGCCUCAUUUGGAGGACGCCUUGACAUUAUCAAAGUUCUAGUUAACGAAGGGGCUCAGCUUGACAAAUUUGACGAAGCCGAUAGGACACCCUUACAUUGUGCUUCUCAAGAAGGCCAUCUUGAAGUUGUCGAGUACAUUCUGAACAAAGGAGCAGGCAUUGAAAUUGGUGAUAAAGAUGGUUUUACGGCUCUUCACAUAGCAUCAUUCAAUGUUCUCAUCAGUCCACGAGACAGCUCUCACUUCCCGAGGGAAAUCAUCAAAGACGAGACAAAGAUUAUAAGUCUCGACGAGUACAGCAUCAAGGUUCCGAUUUCACGAGACGAUGUGGACAGAGCCAAAUAUAUCACAGCAGAAGCAUUGACAACCAUUCCACCUGACUUAAACCUGGAAAAAGACGAAGUCAUCAUCUCAGUUGGGCUCAAGCUGUCCCCUCCUGGUUUUCAAUUUAAAACUCCGGUAGAAGUCAAGAUCUUGCAUAGCGCUAUUUUCAGCAACCCAGACAAGGCAGAAAUUGUGCUAUACACUCGAAGGACUGCGUCUGAUGAAUUUUCAAGGAUAGUUCCUGCUUUUGACAAAACUGCCCGGUGUGUAGUCGCAAAGAAUCACCUUACUCUGUACCUAGACCAUUUCUCGGAAUGGUGGAUUAUCUCCUUAAUCAAGAGAUACUUCAUCGGUAAACGGCUCAUCUGUACGCCAUACGUUCCCCUGUCAACAUACAGAGACGUGUUGAACCGCAUCUAUCUCGUCAUUAAAGACGACUUCUACGGCAUGAAAGAGGUAGUUUAA